AUGAGCAUACCAUAUGAUGAGGAAACUCAGCCGUUAGUCCCUAGAGGGGUGACAAGGCGAAGGGAUAAUUCGGUGGCUAGUUUUUUGGCACGGGGACGAAGUAAUACUAUAAACAGUUUAAAAAGUGGCUUCGAAACAGUGAAGAAACAUAAAAAUGAGUUCUGGUUACUAAUAAUUGGAAGUUUGGUGUUAUAUCUUGGGUUCACUUUGGCAUUUUUACCGAGAACGUCACUUUCAAGGGACUUCAGACGAUUACACUUCAGCAAGUUAACAAAAUCUGAGGCAUUCAGAAUUUAUGUCGAGACUCUCAUGAAGGAAAACAAAUGUCAGGACCAUUUGAGCAACUAUACUUCCCACAUUCAUUGGGCUGGUGAUGCUCAUGCGUUGGAGUAUACUAUCAAUGAAUUAAGCAUGCUUGGUUUUACACCUAAGCUUGAAGAGUAUCACACUUGGUUGAAUGAACCAGUGAAAACGGAAGUGACACUCUGGGAUCAGAAUCAUCUUUUAUACAACGCAAGUAUGACGGAAGAUUAUAUUUCUGAAGGCGAAGAUAAUGAUUCGUUCAAAAAGGUUUUUGGGUUUCAUGGCUUUUCUGCAAAUGGUACAGUAAGAUCGGAAUAUGUUUACUGCAACUAUGGGACUAUCGAGGACUAUGAACACCUUCUUUCCCAUAACGUCAAACUUGAGGGUAAAAUACACGUUAUUAGGUAUGGGGCUAUAAUGAAAGGAAUUGUCGUUAAAAAUGCGGAAACAUUUGGCGCCCUGGGUGCUAUUUUGUACACUGACAGUUUUGAUGAUGGUUUGAUUACUGAAAACAACGGCUAUAAACCUUAUCCGGAAGGACCUGCAAGGCACGAGAGUUCAAUAGAAAGGGGAUCAGUGUUACUAGUUGACAGUGUAGCUGGAGAUCCGACUACUCCGGAAUAUUCAUCGAAACACAAAGAUGUCAAAAGACUCAAUUCGAGUAGUAACCUUCCGACAAUCCCGUCAGUGCCUAUGAGCGAGAGAGAGAUUGCCCCACUAUUGAAGCUUUUGAAUGGAAAUGGGAUUCAAUGGGAAACCAAAGGAAAUGUAAAGGGUUUCCAAUACUUCAGUGGACCAUCUGAUGCAGGUGUUUCAUGUCGAAUUGUCAACGAACAAAAAUACCUUACAAAAGAAAUAACUAACGUAGUCAUUGAGAUUCCUGGAAUUUUAAAAGAACAAGAAGUUAUAAUCGGUAAUCAUCGAGAUUCUUGGACUUCUGGAGGUGCAGGAGGACCAAAUAGUGGGAGUUCGAUACUUCUCGAGAUUGCAAGGGGGUUUUCAGCAUUACAUCAAAAAGGAUGGAAACCAUUACGUACUAUAAAGUUAAUCAGUUGGGAUGGAGGAGAACAAGGCAUGCUUGGGUCGACAGAAUAUGGUGAAUAUCACAGGGAAUCAUUAUCAAAGGGCACAGUAGCCUAUUUCAACCUCGAUUUAGGAGUAAUUGGUUCAAAAUUAAAUAUAAAAGCGAAUCCACUACUGAACGAGUUAAUUGUACGGUCAUCGAAACGGACUUUAUUCAAGGAAGAUCCCGAAGUAACUCUUUAUGAUUACUGGAAAGAAUCUAGCAACGCUACAAUAGAUAUUUUGGGGGCAGGCACAGAUUUUGCUGUGUUUCAAAACAAUCUAGGGAUACCGAGUAUUGACUUCAGCUUUGAUAGAGAUCCGAAGAAGGAUGCUGUUCACCAAUUUCACUCCAGUUACGAUUCUUUCGAAUGGAUGAAAACGUUCGUAGAUCCAGACUUCUCUCUCCACAGCACAAUGGCAAUGUUUGUUGGUGUAUCUACACUCUCCCUAACCGAAAAUGAGUUGUUAGGCUUCAAGACUCAUGAGUACAUGAUUGAAAUAAGCAAAUACUAUAAAACAUUAUACUCUAAUAUCUCAGAAGUGUUCCCCAAUGACGAAAUGAUCAUGACACUUAAGGAUAACCUAGUUGAUUUAUUGGAACUCCUAACGACUCAUACUACCUUAGAUUUUGAUGCGAUGGUUGAUUUUGUCCGAGAACAGACUCAGCAAGAUUAUCCAUGGUGGGAGUGGAACAAGAAGUUAGUAAUAUUGACGAGACUUAUUUCCACUAAUUCCAAACUACGUAAAUUGGACAGAUAUUUCAUCACAGACGAGGGAUUAAAAGGUCGUCCAUUCAUGAAGCAUUCUAUUUUUGCUCCAGACAAACAAACUGGAUACCAAGGAGACGUCCUUCCUGGAUUGCAUGAAGCAUUGCUAUCUGAGAAUCGGCAAGAAUGUAUAUAUUGGUUGGAGACUCUUCUUACUCAGCUUGACAAGAUUUCAUCAUUGUUGACAAUAUAG